CACCAUAUUAACUCUCUUAACAAACAUACAAAAUACAGAACACCAUGUGAGCAGUGAGCUAGCUGUUUUCUACAUUUUUCACACUAUCAGAAGAUCUAAAACUACAGAAUCUACAAAAAUUUCAUGCAAAAAUUGUCCACGCCUCACCUCAUUGAACCACCCAUUCUGAUUCUGAUUGAAAUUCCUGCUGCCAUUUUUCAAACCCUCACCACAAUUUCAUCAAAACUCCUCACUCACUCAAGUGGACUCUGUCUUGUGGACCUAUAAGAACAGUGUCCUCCUCUCAUCCCAAAAUCAUUAGUAUCUGGAAUCUCCUUUCAUUCUUUUUUCACGGGAUGUUGCAGAUUAGCACCAUUAUUAUAUUCAGAACUAAUUUGUGGGCUGUGAGACAAUUAUCCCUUCAUUGUGCUGGAUUUUCUUUCUUCCUUUGCUUUUUUAUUUCUACUGUCCCCUUUUCAUCUUUUUUGCUUCCUCUUUUCCGCCAUUAUAUUCCCCACCACUGCAACCAGCAUUAUUACUCUUUAUUUAAAGAUUAAUCUUCAUAAACCCAUCUUAAGAGGGCUAAAGAAAAUUGGGUUUGGCUGAAGCUGAAAAAAGGAGGAAGAAAUGGGAAGAUUUAGGACUAAAAAACCACCAUUUUCCUCUGUUUUUCUGCUUUUGCUUUACUUUUCGUGUAUCUUGCGUUGCAUUGGACAAGAAGAACAGCAGCAGAAUCAGAAUCCCAUAAAGACAGUGGUUGUGUUAGUGUUGGAGAACAGAUCCUUUGACCAUAUGCUUGGAUGGAUGAAGAAUUCGAUUAAUUCGGGAAUCGAUGGAGUCACAGGAGAUGAAUGCAACCCACUUUCCACUGAGGCAAAAAAUGCUCAAAGAAUCUGUUUUUCUGAUGAUGCUGAGUUUGUUGAUCCUGAUCCUGGUCAUUCCUUUGAAGAGGUGUUCCAACAGGUAUUCGGCUCCUCUGGUUCGAUUCCUUCAAUGACUGGCUUUGUUGAACAGGCAUUAAAUGUGUCAAAGGAUCUUUCUGAAACAGUAAUGAAAGGAUUUAAGCCCGAAAGUUUGCCUGUUUAUGCCUCAUUAGUCCGUGAAUACGCUGUGUUUGAUAAAUGGUUCUCAUCAAUUCCUGGUCCAACCCAACCCAAUAGGCUGUUUGUGUACUCUGCUACUUCUCAUGGUUCAACUAGCCAUGUGAUUAGCCAGUUGGCUAGAGGAUACCCUCAACAGACUAUAUUUGAUUCAAUUCAUGACAAUGGGUUAGAUUUUGGCAUAUAUUUUCAAAGCGUUCCAACAACAUUUUUCUUCAGGAAUUUGAGGAAGUUGAAGUAUGUAUUCAACUACCAUCUUUACGAUCUGAAGUUUAAGAGUGAUGCUAGGAAUGGGAAGUUACCAAAUUUGACUGUGAUUGAGCCCAGAUACUUUGAUUUAAAGGGAUAUCCUGGAAAUGAUGACCAUCCUUCGCAUGAUGUUGCUAAUGGACAGAAGCUUGUGAAAGAGGUUUAUGAGACGUUGAGAGCAAGUCCUCAGUGGAAUGAGACUCUUUUGAUUAUAACUUAUGAUGAACAUGGUGGUUUUUAUGAUCAUGUCCUGACUCCUUAUGUAAAUGUUCCCAACCCUGAUGGAAUUACAGGACCAGCACCUUAUUUCUUCAAUUUUGACAGACUUGGCGUACGCGUUCCCACGGUUAUGGUUUCUCCUUGGAUUAAGAAAGGAACUGUAAUAAGUAGGCCAAAUGGACCUACUCCAGAUUCUGAGUUUGAACACUCUUCUAUUCCUGCUACCAUAAAGAAGAUUUUCAAUCUCUCCUCAAACUAUUUGACGCAUAGAGACUCUUGGGCUGGCACUUUUGAACAGGUUGUUGGGGAAUUGACUUCUCCAAGAACUGACUGUCCUGAGGUCCUCCCUGAUGUUGCUCCCUUGAGAAGCACGGGCGCAGAUGAAAACAAAGGGUUGUCACAGUUUCAGGGAGAGCUCGUGCAAUUGGCUGCUGUCCUGAAUGGAGACCAUUACCUCAGUAGCUUCUCUGAGGAAAUGGGAAAGAAGAUGAAUGUAAGAGAAGCUCAUGAGUAUGUAAAGGGCGCUGUGUCAAGAUUCAUUAGAGCUAGCAAAGAAGCAUUUAAACUUGGAGCAGAUAAAUCUGCCAUUGUGGAUAUGAGAUCCUCUCUCACUACUAGAACAUCCAACAAGAAUUGAUCAAAUCACUUACUAUCAUGUGUUAUGUGUAGGACAUCCCAUAUUUCUUCUUGCUAUGGAAUUUAUAAUAGUGCAAGAUUUAAUUAGUAG